UUUUUCAUAUUAUAAGUGAAGUGAAGGACAAACAGAUAGACAGUACAGACAGUCAUUCAUUCAGUGAAGUGAAGUAAUACUGACUUAACGUUUACAUCACUUUUGUCUUCAGUUGUCUUAAUUUUGGUGAUCAUUACUACCACCACAUCAUCUCUGAAUCUCUUUUAAUUGAUCCAUAAAUCUCUUCGAGAUCUACACAACAGGCAAAAAACAGUUAUGGCCAAAGUCGGUAUCAAUGGUUUCGGUCGUAUCGGACGUCUAGUAUUGCGGGCGUGUAUUGAAAAAGGUGUCGAAGUCCUGGCGGUUAACGAUCCGUUUAUCGAUGUCCACUAUAUGGUCUAUAUGUUCCGCUAUGACUCGACUCACGGCCGAUUCAAGGGUGAGGUCAAAGAGGAGGGCGGUCUGUUGGUAGUCGAUGGCAAACGUAUACAUGUUUUUCAAGAGAGAGAUCCGGCGGCUAUUCCCUGGUCUAAGGUCGGUGUCGAGUAUGUGGUCGAGUCGACCGGUGUUUUUACGACACUGGAAAAAGCGGGCACCCAUAUCAAGGGCGGCGCCAAAAAAGUGAUCGUAUCGGCGCCGUCGGCCGAUGCACCCAUGUAUGUAAUGGGUGUCAACCAUCAGGACUAUCAGCCCACCCAACAAGUGGUCUCUAAUGCUUCGUGUACGACCAAUUGUUUGGCACCGUUAGCCAAAGUAAUCAACGAUAACUUUGGUAUCGAAGAAGGCCUGAUGACUACCGUACACGCGGUUACCGCCACCCAGAAGACAGUGGACGGCCCGAGUGGUAAACUGUGGCGCGACGGACGCGGUGCCGGACAAAAUAUUAUACCGGCAUCAACCGGUGCGGCCAAAGCUGUCGGUAAGGUUAUACCCGAUUUGAAUGGUAAGCUAACCGGUAUGGCUUUUCGGGUACCGGUUCCCGAUGUAUCGGUUGUCGAUCUGACUUGUCGUCUGAAAAAGGAGGCCACUCUCGAUGAUAUUAAGGCCGUGGUUAAGGCGGCCUCGGAAAGCGAUGCCUGGAAAGGCAUACUCGGCUAUACCGAUGAAGAGGUUGUCUCAAGCGAUUUCAUUGGCGACACCCGGAGCUCGAUAUUUGACGCCAAAGCCGGCAUAUCGUUGAGCAAAACGUUUGUUAAGCUGAUCUCGUGGUACGACAACGAAUACGGUUACAGCAAUCGAGUGGUGGAUCUGAUCCGUUAUAUGCACUCUAAGGACACCGCCGCCGCCUAAACCACAGCAGCAGCUGAUGCAGUGUCAAAACACACCCACAGUUAGAGAGUGAGAGAGGACGGUGUGUCCAUUAGUUUUUAAAAAUAAAAAACAAAUAGUGUUUAACCGAUAAUCCGAUCUAAAAAAAUAUAUCCGUAAUUUCAUUAAUCCGUUUUAAUCAAUUGGAUAUCUAAUCAAUAGAUGUGUUGUUUUUUUUCUAUUAUUAUUAUUAUAAUUAUUAUUUUAAUUGAAUUGAAAUUAAUAUAAUACUGUAUUUUUUUGUUGUUGUUUUUGGUGUAGAAUUGUUUUUUGAAUUAAAUUUUAUUUUAGUAAUAUUUUUUAUAUAAAUAUAUAAAAAAUUACAUUCAA